CAAAAGAGUUGCAAUUUGCAAUAGGCCAAAGCCCAAAGCCACAUGUUGUUUUCUUGAUAAACCACACCACCAAAAUCCAUUACUCAACCAUUUGAUCAAAUUUGUCAAAAACCCCUUCUUAGCUCUCUCUUUCUGUGUCCUGUCUUCUCUUUCACUCAUCAUUUUCUUUUGAUUCCCCAAAUGGGUCUCGAUCAAUAAGCUUUUCUUGAACACAUUUUGCUCUAAAAUAAUUCAAUUUCAGAUUACAGAUUUGAGUUUUUGAUCUAUACCCAUAUUUAAUUUUACAUAUUUCUAUAUUGGGGUUGUGUAAAGAUUAGAUUUUUGCUGUAAAAAUCUGAUCUUUAAUUUAUUGGAAUCAAGAAUUCCUCUUUUUAUCUGUUUUCUUGUUAAAAGUUGAGUUUUUUUUUGUUUCAAUGGCGGCUGGUGCAAAAGGGUGUGAUGAAAUUGAUGUUAUUGAGGUUGUUGUGCCAAAUGUGAAGUCUGAAUCUGUAGUUAAUGGUGUUGUUGAAGAGUCUGAUGUGGUGUCGAAUGGAAAAUCGGAGUAUGAAAUGCAAGAUAUUGUUGUUCAUAUGUUGAAUAAUCUGAAGCUGAAUCCAAUGGCUAAGGAAUUUGUUCCUUCUUCAUAUAAUCGUGAUCAGAUAAUUUUCAACAAUUUUGUGACAGCUGAUAAGAUGAAUAUGGGAGGUGAUGGUUUCAGAAAUAACAGAAGGAGAGGAAACAACUUUAACCAAAGCAGAAGGAGAAUGCACAGUAGAUCUUUUAGAGCUCAAAGAGAAGAUAGCAUUAGGCGAACAGUCUAUGUUUCCGACCUUGAUAUCAAUAUCACGGAAGAGCAGCUUGCUGCGCUAUUUAGUGCAUAUGGACAAGUCGUGGACUGCCGAGUUUGUGGUGAUCCACACUCCCGCCUUCGCUUUGCUUUUGUUGAGUUCGCUGAUGAAUAUUCUGCAAAAGCGUCGCUUUGUCUUUGUGGAACAAUUUUAGGUUUCUCCCAACUCAAGGUUCUACCUUCAAAAACCGCUAUUCUACCUGUGAAUCCUACAUUCCUUCCAAGGUCAGAGGAUGAGCGUGAAAUGUGUGCUAGGACAGUCUAUUGUACAAAUAUCGAUAAGAUGGUUUCUCAAGCUGAUGUCAAAUUCUUUUUUGAGACAAGAUGCGGUGUGGUUUCUCGUCUGAGGCUUUUGGGGGAUCAAGUGCACUCUACCCGUAUCGGUUUUGUUGAAUUUGUUAUGGCCGAGAGUGCAAUUUUGGCAUUAGAUCUUUGUGGUGAGAUGUUGGGCUCCCAACCUAUCAGGGUGAGUCCUUCGAAGACACCCGUGAGGCCACGGGUUUCCGGCCCUGCAAUGCAUUAGGCGAUGCUCGGAAACUCAAGUUCUUGAAAGAGAAGAGAACGGCGCAAGCUCUCUUGUAAGACGUUGAGGUCAAAAUGGGAAAAGGCGAAACGAAUGUUUCUUUAAUGUCCAUCUUCUACUUUACCUUGCCAAUUCUAAUAGUACUUUUUUUUUUUGUGCUUCUGGACAUGUCUAUUGACCUUUGCUUUUGCUAGUGUGUUAAUGGUAAUGUCCCUACAUUUACUACAGUUAGUUUUAUACUGUUUUGAAUCUUUUACCGAUAACUGAGAAAUUCCCGAGGGCCAUUGGCUUGAAACUUGGUGAA